AUGCGCGAAUCCUGCCAGACGCCUCCUGCCGAUCCGAAACCGCCAUCGCUUGAAUGGCAAUAUUCCACCCCCGAUAAUCGCGUUCCCCCGGAGCGAGGGAUGCGGCCUGGCAAGGUGGGAAAUCCCUUUCCAGGCGGUGAUUUUAGCGUGGAGUGCCCGCCCUCGUCGGUGCCCUUCCGCUCCUCGGUCGCCUCCUCCUCCUCUGAGUGUUUCUCCACCCCUCAGCGAGGAAGGCGAGGGUCACCCUCUCCGGCAUCCACCCAUCCAACGCUUGUCAAUAACGCGCACGUCGACAAUGAUGCGCUCGUGGAGAACGCAUCAGUGGUAUCCCCGCUCGUUCGUUCCGCUACCCUCGCUCCUCUUCAGCCAACAAGAGGGGCGGUGUACCUGAAUCAGCUGCUUCGUAUCCCCUCCCCCGACCUGCAUUUGCAGUCUCCCCCACCCCUUCCAUCUUCGUUGAACGAGGUGAUGCACAGAAUGGGUGCUUUCAAAGAAAUGGACUCCAACACUUUAGGAAUGGAGCGCCCUACCGCGUCUUCGUCGAUCUCGUUAGAGCUUUAUGUUCCCCAAGCAAUUCGUCGUCAACAACAAACCUUAACCGCUCCGGUAGGCAACACAGAUCAAACGAACAGGAGUGAUCUCAAAUAA